CCAGCCCCCGCAUUGGCAACACUGCGGGUCCGGUCAUCUGUGUUUUGGUCCCGAAGCAAAAAGGUCGAAAAUGGAGCCCGAAGGAGCGAAAAACGGCUUCGAUUCCUUCAUCCAGAGCGUGAAUAGCGUCUUGGAGAAGCCAGUGACAUGGUUCAGAGAAUCGGUGGUGGACAAAAACAGGGUAGAAUACCCCUGGUAUCACCGCCAGUUCCGCCGCGUUCCAACGAUUGACGAAUGCUACACUGACGAUAUUGUGUGCUUUAUUGAAGCGGAUGAACAGUUCAAGAGAGACAGAAUGGUUGACAAUGAAGUCCUGAACAUUCUACGUCAGCGCAAGGAGGACUGUGUCAUGUACGAGGGUGCAGAUAGCAAAACUAAGUGUGCAAAGAUGAUCGAGGAUUAUGACAAGGCUGCUGAAAACUGGUUUAUUAAGUAUGGUGACCUAGGUGCUUAUGGCAAUGUAAAAGACGCCUACAUGAAGCAGAAGCACCGCCUUAUCUGGGAACGGCGCCAUGGACCUGUUGGCUCAGGGAUGAAGAGUGCCCUUUGAGGUCGCUGAAAGAUAGCAUUAAGACGAACCCUGAUAUUCCAAGAUUGUCACCACUGAUCUAAAAGUGAUUGGGUUUGAGUAGAUGGUGAGGUUCAUCCUGUGUAGGAUUAAUCUUUACAAGUUACUACAUGUAGAGGUUGACUGUGUUCAUUCAUACUGUGGACAUGGACAGGUGUUAAGAAGUUUCAUUCAAUUAGAUGGACAACAAUGCUCUGUAAAAUCACCGGAAGCUGUACAUAAUAAAUAGAUUUUAUUUGGU